GCGGCGCCAGACAUGCGUCAUUCGUCAAGCACCGAGCAGCGACUCGCCGAAUCGCGAGCAGUGUGGAUGUCUGUUUGUCUAUUCGGCAAGCAGCAAACAUUAGUGCUCGUUGUUUCCCGUUCAGUGUCGGUCUUUUGCACACAUCAAAGUGGACGAAUAUUUGGGAAAAGGCAAACUUUGCUUCAUCCACACAUUCGGCUUUGUGGUUGGGAGAUAAGAACUGUUCACGGUUUCCAAUUUUGUCAUCAGAGCCUCAUUGACUAUUGGGUAAGACGAAUUUUAUUUUCUUAAAUUGAGGUUAAGUAGUUCUUAUUUGGCUGAAAACUAGUGAAUGACCAGGCUACUGAAUUAUAAACUGAAUUCUUUAAAUGUUUUAAAAAUUCCUACAAAUAUUAAUAUUUAAUAUUUUGUCAUGAUUAAAGUUACAAUUUUAAGGGUUUUCAUGUCCUAUACAGUUAUUGACCGGGGUUCCCCAUUAACUCAUUAACAUUUUAUGAACUUAAGAAAAAUAACAUAAACAAUAAUUUUAUUCUUAUUUUAAGGUAUGGAGUGGCCUAAUGAGUUGGUGUUGGAUUUCUUACAAUACUAUGAGAAUGAACCAGUUAUUUGGAACCCUUCUCAUCCCAAUCACAAAAAUAGAAAUGAAAUAUACGAUGCAUGGAAAAGAAUCGAAAGCAAGAUGGGUAACAAGUUUUCUGUCACCGAAUUGAAAAAGAAAAAAAGACUCUCUGAUGGCUUCAUUUAGAACGUGUUUGAAAAAGGUUAAGGAAAGCUGUAAAAGUGGAGCCGGAUCUGAUGAUAUAUACAAACCAAAUUGGUUUGCUUAUGAAAUCAUGGAAAGAUUUCUCAAAGAUAAGAACCUGCCAAGAGAGACACUUAGUUCAGAGGUGGCUCCACCUCCAAAUGAAGAGCAAUUCCAAGCCGAAAGGAACAUAGAUUUGCCAAAUUUAUCAGAUAAUGUACCAUCUGCCAGCAGGGAAGAGCCUGAACAAAGAAACGAAGCUAUUGUUCUACCUGCUUGUGCCACAACUUCGCCUAACUAUGCCUCAUCUUCCUUUAAACCUCCACCACGAAAAAAGUCCAGAACAGCUGAAGAAAUUGAGAUAAAAAAGAAGAUGGAUGCUGCGUUUACUACUUUACAAUCACUUCAACCAAAAAAAGAAAAACACUUAUGUGACAUAUACGGCGAAUUAGUUGCGGCAAAAUUAAAAUCGAUGGACGAGUCUACAAGGGAAAUAUGUAUGCACCGGAUUGACAACGUUCUUUUUGAAAUGAGAAUGGUGAAAGGACCUGCAACAUCGGGCAACACCUACUUCAUGCAACCAUCACCUUCCUCGUCAGCUUCUGUAAAUUCAUCCCCAUGUCCUGAUGAAACUUUAACAUUGUACACAGUUCCAAGUGAUUCCAACGAAUUACAUGCUCUCUCUGGAACUGUUGUAGUAUGUUCUGAUGCUGAAAAUAGUGAACAUCCUCCAAAUGUUGGACUUGAAAACUACUUUUCCAAAUUUAAAUAAUUGGUUACUUAAUAUGUUACUAAAUAAUAUAUACUUAUUGUUUAAAUGCUAAACCUAAUAACAAUAAUACGUAAAUGAUGUAAAUGUUCUUGUACAACGUGACGAAUAAAAUGAGUUUGAAAAUUUUA